AUGCAGCUUGCUGUGUCUUUAAUUGCAGUUUGUGCGUUAAUCAAAGUUGAAGGAUAUCCCUCUCCGUACUAUGGAGCUAAUGUGGAUUCAUACUCAUUCGGAUCCGCCGACAGGAAUCGCGGCGGAAUGGUGUUGAGUCGUUACUAUAACCCAUACUAUAAUCCUAGAGCUGUAGGUGGUGGUAUGGCAGCCUUUAUGUUCAAACCCGAACAAUACCAACCUCAGACCAGUCAGUACUACCUCCCAGACAGAAGACGUCAAACACCUCAGGAUAUCAACUUCGCACCACCACAACAAAAUGAAGUUUAUUAUCAAACUCCUGAAGUAUCAGGCAGACCAACUUACGUUCCCCAAUCACCUUUCGUCCCAGAGGAACCGACUGUUACAGAAAGUACUGAAAUCGUAGACCCUACUGAAAAGGUAGAAACUCCUACUACACAAAAAACUAUAUCGGUUCCAGAAAUAACCGAACCUGAAGUCGAAGAGAUUCCUGAACCUACUCCGAAGAGACGUGUUACAAAGAAGAAACAAGUAAAACGGCCAGUUAAUGAAGACGAAGAAGAGGGAGAUGAUUAUCCUCCCAGGAUUCCUACUGGCGCAUACUUCCCCAUGUUCUUUGGAUAUGGUGGGAGGUCUUCACAAGGAACUCCCCAAGGUGCCACGGCUAUAGCAAAUGCCUUUAGCACAGGCCGUGGAGGAGUCGCUACAAGCCACGCCACUGCCUAUGGACCACCAAGACCAGAAGCUAAAUUGUAA